UUUUACAUCAUCCUUUUUCGCGUUUCUACUCUAUUAUUCAUAUGAAGCAACGUUUCAACGCUUUAGACGUCCGAGCCACAGUUAUCAAUCUUCGAGAAAGAUUGAUUGGUAUUCGUUUGCAAAACAUUUAUGACGUAAACGCAAAGACUUUUCUCUUCAAGUUUGCAAAGCCUGAUGAUAAGGAACUUGUAUUAGUCGAAUCGGGUGUUCGUAUCCAUACAACCCAGUUCAGUAGAGACAAGUCUAUUACUCCUUCCCCAUUCUGUGCAAAGCUUCGUAAACAUCUUCGUACUCGUCGUGUCACCAACGUUCGUCAAUUGGGUGUUGACCGUAUUGUCGAUUUUGAGUUUGCUGGUGGAGAGAUGGGCAUUGGUUACCAUAUUAUUUGUGAAUUCUAUUCAUCUGGUAACGUCAUUUUGACAGAUCACGAAUAUCGAAUUUUAGCCGUAUUACGUGCAGUUCAACCCUCCGACACUUACAAGGUAGCGGUUGGAGAAACUUACAAUAUCAAAUCUGUCUUGAACGAUUUUGAAAAAGUGCAAGUGGAUCAAUUGAGAACAGCUUUGAGAUCUGCUGGACCCAAGGACACGUUAAAGAAAUUAUUAAACAUUAAAUUUGAGUAUGGUCCUGCUAUGAUUGAAGAUAUCAUUCUUGAAGCUAAUUUAGAUCCAAAUAUGAAGGUGGCAACCGAUUUUGAUACUUCUGAAGAUUCUCCCAUGUUGAGCAAUCUUUUGGAGGGUUUCGCAAAAGGUGAUGAAUUGAUUGAAUCCACCAAAAAUGUAGUUCCUAAUGGAUACAUUAUCUUACUUGAUGAUGACUCUAAACCAAAGACUGAAAAUGAGGAGGAACAGGUCGAAAUCUAUGACGAAUUCCAUCCAUUUUUAUAUAAGCAAUUCGCCAACCGUAAAUACAAGGAAUUCCCUACGUUUGAUAGCGCCGUGGAUGAGUUCUUUUCAGCCAUCGAAUCUCAAAAACUCGAAUUAAAAACCAGACGUCAAGAGGAGGCCGCUUUAAAGAAAUUAGAAUCGGUCCGUAAAGAACAGGAAAAGAGAGUCAAUAUCCUUUUGGAUCAACAAAUCACCAAUGUCCGUAAAGCUCAGUUGAUCGAAUUGAAUCUUCAAUUAGUCGAUGCUGCCAUCACCAUUAUUCGUAAUGCUGUCGCUAGUCAAAUGGAUUGGCAAGAUUUAAAUGAUUUGGUAAAGGAAGAAAAAAGACGUGAAAAUCCAAUCGCUUUGAUCAUUGAUACAUUGAAAUUGGAUACAAAUCAAUUGACUUUAAUUUUGACCGAUCCUGAAGAUGAACAAGAUAGCGAAAGUGAGGAUAGCGAGGACGAAGAUACUAAACCUAAGGAACAACAAACCUACAAGGUCGAUGUAGAAAUUGGCUUAACCGCUUUUGCUAAUGCCAGAAAAUACUAUGAAAAAAAGAAGAGUACCGCUCAAAAGCAUGAAAAGACAAUCGAAGCUUCCUCCAAGGCUCUCAAAUCUGCCGAACGUAAAAUCCGUCAAGAUCUGAAAGAAACUAAAAUUACCGCUACCAUCAAUAAGAUCAGAAAGCCUUUUUGGUUCGAGAAAUUCUUAUGGUUUAUCUCUACCGAUGGUCAUCUCAUCAUUGCCGGUCGUGAUAUGCAACAAAACGAGCUCUUAGUAAAACGUUAUCUUACCAAGGAUGAUGCUUACGUUCAUGCUGAUCUUCACGGUGCCGCUAGUGUUAUUGUUAAGAACAAACCUAAUGCCAACGGUCAACCUAUUCCUCCCAGUACCUUGUAUCAAGCUGGUAUCAUGUCCGUCUGUCAAAGCAAAGCUUGGGAAGCUAAAAUGGUUACCAGUGCUUACUGGGUCUAUCCGGAUCAGGUCUCCAAGUCUGCUCCUUCUGGUGAAUACCUCACUACAGGUAGUUUCAUGAUUCGUGGUAAAAAGAACUUUUUACCUCCGGUUCAACUUGUUUAUGGCUUCGGUUAUGUAUUUAAACUGGAUGAAUCUUGUAUCGGUAAUCACGUCAAAGGAAAUGAUCAAGAAGAUGAAGAGCAGGAUACACAAGAAGCUUCUAAAUCAGAUAAGCAGGACUACCUUCAAGCUAUUGAAGACACCACCACAACCACAACCACUUCAGAAAAGCAAGAAGAAAGUGCACCUAUAACUGAAGAGACAAACGAAGCAUCAGACACAACAUCAGGAACUUCUACACCUGGUGAAGAAAAGUCACAAAGUGAAGAAGAGGACUCCGAUGAUGAUAGCAGUAGCGAUGAAGAUGAUGAAAAUGCUUUCCCUGAUACUCAACUUGAAUCUUUAACGAUCAAUAAAGAGCAACAACCCAAGACUGCUGAUAAAUAUAAUUUAGAAGACUAUGGAGAAGAUUCGGAUGAAAAAGAGUUUGCUGCAAAUACCCCCACAAGCGGUUCUAAUACACCUGCCAAGAAAUUUAUAACGGCAAAGGAACGUAGAUUGAUGAAAAAAUUAAACGCUACCGAAGUCACAGACGCUAUCAAAGCUCAACAAGAACAACAGCAACAAAAGCAAAAACAACCCAAACCUAAACAAGAACCUGCCAAGGCAAAGGUGGUGGCUCCCCCCGUUCCUACACGUGGACGCAAGGGUAAAGCAAAGAAGAUUAAGGAUAAAUAUGCUGAUCAAGAUGAGGAAGAAAAGCAACUUCGUAUGGAACUUUUAGCCUCAAAUAAGGGACCUCAACCCAAGGGUAAAAAGGCUAAGCGUGAUGCUAAAGCCAAGGAAGAAAAGGCUGCUUUAGAAAAAGAAAGAGCUGCCUAUAAAAAGAGCACUGAAGAAAAGGCCCAAUUAAAGGAAAAGAAAAAGGAGGAAGAGGAAGUAGAGACACUGAAACAACAAGCUGUAGAAGAAGGUGUAGAUGAAAAGGACACAGAAACUAUCCGUCAAAUGUUAAAGGAAGAAAAUAUCACCAUGUUGGAAGCCGAUGAAGUGGCCAAUCUUUCUGUGCUGGAUUCUUUCACACCUAAUCCUUUACCUGAAGAUAUCAUUCAUUUUGCUAUCCCUGUUUGUGCUCCUUACUCUGCCAUUCAGAAAUACAAGUACAAGGUCAAGUUGACUCCAGGUUCGCUGAAACGUGGUAAGGCCGUAAAGCAAGCUCAAUCCGUUUUCUUUAACCUCUCAGAUGCCACACCCCGUGAAAAGGAACUGAUUAAAAGUGUGCCUGAUAUGGAAGCCAUCAAUACCAUGAUGGGUAAAGUGAAGGUAUCUGCUCCCAAUCUCGAGGCAAGUAAACGUAAGAAGGGUGGCAAUAGAAGAUAAUUUUAGAUUUAAAAAAAUAAAAAACCUCGCCACCCAUUUGUAUUAU